ACAAUCGAUUUUGGAUAAUUCGGAUUAGAAGUUUUGUGUGAAAGUUAUGCAAAUGCAAGAUAAAUAUUUAAUUUGUAAUUUGUUUAUUUAAAAAUAACAUUGAAUUCUUGACGACAUUCUGUUCAUUUUUCACAUUUUUAUUAUAUAUUCUAUGUUGUAACAAGAUUGCAUAACAAAAUCUUAAUCAAUAAUAAUCAACUGGUGCCGAAAGAACAACAAGCGAAAGCCGGUGAUAAAGCAGUAAAACAAAAAUGCAAAUUUUCGGAGUUCUCCCGUUUCGCGUUUUAGCCAAACCCCUUGCCGGAUGUGUUCCGGGGGCAGUCUCGACCGCCGCCGUUCGCUACCGGAGUACGUGUCCCCCGAUUGAGCGGACGCUGCAAAUUGGUAAGCACAAAAUCAACUUCGUUGAAGCCGGUUCCGGCGAAAAGGGGCUAAUCCUCCUGCCGGGAGCCUUGGGCACGGCCUGGACGGAUUUCAAACCCCAAAUCGAGCAGCUGCCGGCACUGCUUCCGAGCCAUAAGAUCAUCGCCUGGGAUCCGCCUGGCUAUGGGAAAUCUCGUCCCCCCGAGAAGGAAUUCGGUCUGGAUUUCUACGAGAGGGAUGCGGAGGCGGCCUUCGGCUUGAUGGAGAAGAUGGGCUUCCGGGGGGCGAUUUCCGUUGUCGGAUGGAGCGACGGUGGCAUUACGGGAUUGAUCAUGGCUGGACGGAAACCUUCGCAUGUGGAGAAGCUGGUCAUUUGGGGUUCCAAUGCCUACAUCACACCGAAGGAGGCGGCGAUCUAUGAGAACAUCAGAGACGUGAGCAAAUGGUCGGCCAGGAUGCGCGAACCGAUGGAGAAGGUUUACGGAGUGGACGGCUUUCCGAAGGUUUGGUCGGCCUGGGUCGACGGAAUGCUGGGAAUCUACAAGCAGCGCAGUGGGGACAUCUGCAAGGAAGUUUUGGGCCAGAUUCGCGCGCCAACGUUUAUCCUUCAUGGUGCCAAAGAUCCGAUGAUCGUACCGGAACAUGUGCCCCAUCUGCAGGGCUCCAUAGCUGAUACUUCGCUUCAUGUGUUCGAUGAAGGUAAGCACAAUAUCCACUUGAAGUAUGCCGCGGACUUUAACAGGCUGGUGAGUGAUUUUAUCAAAAAGUGAUUUGAGCAUUUAGUAGUUUAGUAGUGUUUCAUUCUUGUUUGAAAUUUUGAAAAUAUUUAUCAUGAACGAAA